UUUUUUUAAUUUAAUUUUAUUUUUAUCAUAGAGAUCAUUUUUAUUGGAUAUUUUUAUUUACAUUUCAAAUAUUAUUCCCUUUCCCCGUUUCCUGGCCAUAAGCCCCCUAUCCCACCCCCUCUCCAACCACCUGCCUUCCCACCCACCCCAGCCCCUGACAUUCCCCUGCAUUGGGGGCGGGGGGUCCAGUCUUAGCAGAACCAAGGGCUUACCCUCCCAUUGGUGCCCAACAAGGCCAUCCUCUGCUACAUAUGCAGCUGGAGACAUGGGUCUGUUCAUGUGUAGUCUUUGGGUAGUGGUUUAGUCUCUGGGAGUUCUGGUUGGUUGGUAUUGUUCUUAAGGGGUUGCAAGCCCCUUCAGCUCCUUCAAUCCUUUCUCUAACUCCUCCAAGGGGGACCCCAUUCUCAGUUCAAUAGUUUGUUGCUAGCAUUCACUUCUGUAUAUGACAUGCUCUGGUUGAGCCUCUCAUGAUACAGCUAUUAUCAGGCUCUUAUUACCAAGUUUCUUAAAUCUAUCCUUAGUAAAAAGAUAAUAACCAUCUCGUCUCUAAGUUAGAAUGUAUAGAAAAAGUUUUUCAGAGAAGACUCUCAGCAAAUCUGUCAAUCCUUUUCAUGUUUUUACUGUAUUUGUGAGCGAACCACCUCAGAAAUAAAUUGAAUCUCUUUCAGUUUACAUGGGCUUCUUUCAAAUAUAUCUAGUUAAACACAGUACAACGCUGAAUCUGCACACAAUAUACAUGAUGUAUUUUAGGUACAAUUUGUUUACAUACACAGUUGGUUGAAGGGUAUACUGGGAGUAUACAGGAGACCUAGUCCAAAGCAAACACAAGAACAGGAGAGGUGAUGGGUCAGGUUCAGGGUAAAGACAGGAUGCUAUGGGCAUACUGUAAAAGCUAUGUCAGGGGAGGAAAGUCAGCUUUUGGAGUUGCAGCAAUCUUCAAUAAAACCAAGAAGAGGAUUUUGUUGGUUUUAUUUUUGACAGUCAAGGUCAGAAUAAUCCUGACCGGUCAGACCUGCGGACUUGAGAGUGAUCUUCCUUUACCUGCUUCUAAGGGGACCAGUUGGCUCAGAUGUACAGGUCAGGAUUGCGGUACCCGCCACUUCUGGGUCUCCAGACUUCCCGCCAACCUGGGUUUCCGCACCGUCCCUCUGCAGACUGCGCAUGUGCGGCGGCCAUUCCUGCGCGCCAUGGCGGACACGGAAGCAAACCUGUUGCGCCAUUUCCCGCUGCUGCUUCCUCAGAAUCGGGAGAAAACUGUGUAUGAGGGCUUCAUUUCGGCUCAGGGACGGGAUUUCCACCUCAGGAUAGUGCUGCCCAAAGACCAGCAGCUGAAGAAGGCGAGAUUACUGUGUAGCUGGCAGCUGAAAAAUAUACUUAAUGAAUAUCAUCAAGUAGUCCAACAGAGAAUGAAGCACUCUCCGGAUCUAAUGAGCUUCAUGAUGGAGUUGAAGAUCAUUUUGGAAGCAGCUUUAAAGAAUAAACAAGAGUUAUAUGUGCAACCACCUUCUUGCAGUUUCUGCAAAGACCUUCUUACUGAGAUAGGAGCCAUUGGCUGGGAUAAGGUCUCUCUCUAUAACCGUGGCUGUCCAGGAAUUACAGAGACCCACCUGUUUCUGCCUUCCAAAUGCUGGGACUAAAGCUGUACACCACCAGAGCCAGCCUUCUUAAAGUUUCUUCUAACAGGCCAACUCGGAAACAAGGGUGUUCUGGCUAAGCUGGUGGAAGCUUAGGACCAAUUAUAAAGACAGAUUCAAUGAAACCUGCCCACAGGGACGCAAGGUCCUGGGUCCUAAAUUUGUGGCUGUUGUGUAGCUGGAAAAGGCAAAGUGCAAAGAACUUACCACUAUACUUGGUUAAAUGUUCUCUGAAUAUAAAUAUAAUUAUGAAAUAAAAAUACUCUCUUUUAUAAACUUAUGCCAUAACCUGAGAGCACGUGUGUGCGUGCGAACACACACACACACACACACACACACACACACACACACACACACACACACAUACAGUGUCCCAAAUGAUUUUCAUGUAAAUCUAUUUUUAGCUGCAAUCACAGUGCGUUACACUUAUUACUAUUAGAAGGCAGAUUCUGGUGCUUUGCCAUGUGUCCAGCUUCUCUCUGUGUUCCUUACAAAUCUGUACUUAGAACAGAUUUCCCUCUUAUCUACAGCUCAUCUUUUUCCUGUUUUCAGCACUGGAUUUGAGUGGAGCAUAAGUCCUUUGCUGUACUUCUUUAUAGAGAUGGGCCAGCCAUUAUUUCAAACAUGUAGGUUAGAUUUCUUAUUAACUGCUUCUUAACUUCAUUGUCUUCCUGGCUAACAGUGACAGCAUGUAGAUCUGUACCUACAAGCCUUGACAUUUAUACAUUGGUCUCUUGCCGAAAAUUACAACUUCACACCCAACUGUUACUAAAAGCAUGGCUGCAAGUAAUAGUGUUUCAGAAUAGCUGUACUGUUGACGUGUAUGUAAUAGAAUUAAGGUUUCCAAAUUGGAUUUUAGAGCCGAGAACCAUUAUUUUGGAGUCACUGAUUGCAUUAAGGCAUCUUAAGUGGGGCUACCCUCUGAGAUGCACAAAGUCAUGUUGGGUGCCUUCCACUUCACGGCAUAAUAUUUUUGAGAAAUAAGGAAAGGUAGUUUUUCUUUCCCUAUAUUUAAAGUUUUGCUCUCUGGAUUAUCUGCUCUUUCAAUUAACCAAUACGAUCAAUUGUGAAUUGAUUGGUUAAACUCCUUUAGCAAUGGCUAGGAGAAGCUUAAGUGUCCGUUUUUGGUCCAUUUUAGAGUCAUUUUAAACUAAUUCGUUUCUGUCACGGGUAAUGUUACUUUAGCUUUUGUUUUCCCACUUCUGUUUUUCUAAUGAGCACACAUUCUGUAUGAGUACCAUUAGAAAUAAGUGUGUCGAGCUGUGUGUCAUCUCUGCAGCCUCUCGUUGUUGCAUCGCCCUGCGCUGCAUGAAAACUGGCAGGUGUUUGGAUAAGUCCAGCUGUCCUUGUCCUUGACCUCUGUAGUACUCUCGAGAAUUCACUAAGUUUUCCUUCUAAAAACUCCUUACCAUCGAUGUACAUUUUCCCUUUUCUUUUAAUUAAGUGUAGUUUAACAGGGAUUCAAUUCUUUCUUUUCCUUUCUUCCCUUCCUUCCUUCUUUCUUUAUUUAUUAAUUUUUUCUUUCCUCUCCUGUCCUCUUUCUCCUUUGCUCCAAAGGACUGACAAUAAUGUUGUAGCUUUAACUCACCCCCUGUUAACCCUCAAAACCACGUAGGAAACAGUUUAACCAGAGUUAUUCUCUAAUGACCAGGCUUUUCUAACAAUGUCUAUUAUGUGAGCUAGAAUACAUCUUGAUUCUUUAUGAGUAUUUUUUUCUAGUCAGAUGACUCGAUAGGUAAGUCUACUUAAUUUCGAGCAACCCUUACCUCUAAUUUCUCUCUCCUCCCUCUUUCUUAGAUAGGGCAGUUUAUUGUUUGUUAGCCACAGUCAAGGAUAAGUAGUUACCAGUUACCAAGUGUGCUUAGUCCUCUGUGUGCCUGAUAUCAGCACAUUGGUCCACAUUCCUGUAGGAUUUCUUAAGUUGCAUCCUCACUCUCACACGCUGCUUUGUAACUGAAAUUACCCGCUUAGUCUCUCAAAACCUCAUGUUUCAUGAAACCAGUACAAAAGCUACAAAAGGAUGCAACUCUCUUUCCUUGAGUGUCCACAGGGUAAGCCUAACCCUAAACUAACCCCCACCUAGAGACUAAUUUAUGAAAUAAGUGAAGUUAUAAUUUUACUGAUUUCUGUUUCCUACUCACAGACUCCUACCUUUAUGGCCCCAGUGGUCACAUACUCCUAGAAAUCUCCAUUCCUCCUCCUGUGCAGCUCUAUGUUUUCUCAUUUCCUUUAGAGCCUUUGUUUCUCUGCUGGACUUAAUGAUUCAUAAAAAGCAAACUGCAGGACUUUAUAUUUAGUUCUGUUGCAUUUCCUCAUUGUCUUGAACUCCGUAUUUGCUGCCUUCUGCCUCCUCCCCCCUUUCCUUUCCUCCUGCUCUUCUUCCUCCUCAUUUUCUUCUUCCUUAAAACAUCGUUAAUAUUUUUUCAAAGGAAACCAGGAAGUGGCUUAAUUUGGAGACAGCACAGUCAGUGCUCCUUGGUCAGUGCUUCCUGGAGUCUGAUCUUCAGUAUUUGCUUACGUUAGCUGCAGCACGGUGUGCAUUGGUCUUUUGUCCCGGGUUGGAAGGUGUGAUCACUCGGGUUGGAGACUUGGGGUAGUACUCCCUCACCUCCCACAGGAUUUCUUCUGCUAGGCAGAUAGAAUGGGAGCAGAUUUUGAUAGGGGUUGAUUGAAUUCAAAGGAGGUUGUUUCCAUGAGUUGAUUGGCCUGAUUGCUUCCCAUUUUUCUUUGAAGCAAGAGCCAAAUGUAUUCCCUGGCAUCCCCCUCACCUCAUUGGUAGAUUUAAACUCUCAAUUUUUUCUAUCUACAAGACCAGUUUUCAUCUCAAUUACAUACCUCCCCCCCAUUUUGUAAAAUCAAUCCAUUUCUUGUUUGCUUUGCUUUUAAGAUCCACUUCAUGUGGAUCAUGUGGAUCUUCAUUGAGAUCUUAGGGGAAUCCACUUAGACUUCAUCUCAUGCCAGCUCAAAAUUCUAGCUAAUCUCUUCUUACUCUUAUGAGUUCCUGGAUAUUCUUUGUCUUUCAGUAGCUUCUCCCACUAUUUUUACCAUUUGCUUGAGGGUUUAUCAGAGGGUAAGCUGGAAGACUGUUAGAGCGAGUUCUCUAGACAUGCCUUUUCUGCAUUCUGCCUCUUCAAGCCUAUUACUUCUAAUCCUCAGGAAGUCUACAGCUUAAAUGGCUGUUAAGGAUUUCGUUCUUGUUUUGCUUUGUUUGUGUUUGUUAUUGUUGUUUCUUUGGCCACUUAAUAGCUGCUCUUUUUCUGCGUCCUUUGUCUAGAUUUUUUUUCCCCCUGUGCUUAUGGCCUUUAAAUCCUUGCUGUCUUUGCAAUUCUUUGAUACCCACCCCUUCCUCCCACUUUUAUCCAGCUACUUUAAUUAAGUAGUUCAGAAAUGUUCUGGUCCAUAGUGGUCCAUUUUAACCAGAAAUGGGUUUUACAUAUAGCUUUAAAUGUGGUGUCCUGAUGGAAUUAGGACUACUGGAUGUCCUUGGUGGUUAGUCAUCAAAUCUGACUUUGGAUAUCUUAGGGCUCUGUUUCCUGGUGGGAAUAUAUGUGUCUUUUAAAUACAAUUAAUCUUAACAACAUGGUGAGGAAGAAGAUCAAAGCAAAUAUUAAGAUGCUGUCAUAGCAGUUCCAGCUAAAGUCAUGAAGAUCAUUUGGCCUUUGAGCCCUAGAGUCAGUCAUUCUUAAGUACAAAUGGUCAGGAAAGAGAAAUCAUUAAGUUCAUUUUCAGAUGUUUCCAUGUUACCGUCUUAGUGUUGAGGACGUAGGCAGGGCUUGGCAUUGGCAGAAAUGCUUGUCUUGUUAUUGUUGUUUAACUUUUUAUUGGUUCUUUAUGAAUUUCACAUCAUGCACUUCGAUUCCACUCAUCUCCUACUCCCCUGGUACCUGCCCUCUAUGUUUACAACCUCUCUCUCAACAGGGAAAAAGAAAAAAAAAUUCUUGUAGUGGAAGCAAUGAUAUGUCCCACAAUAUACUCUUGUCCAUUCUUCUUUGCUUGUAAAUGUUCAUUGCAGUGUCUCAUUGGUCUGAUAUGAGGCCUCUGGCUUCUGAUACUCUAUCAAUACUGCAUUCUCACUUGGUCUCCUCUCAAUCAUCCUAUUUUGCCCUGUGUCAUGGAGACCCUGAAGUUUUGGAUCUGUAAGACUAGCCCCUUCUCGAACUCCAGCAGUUCUGAGAUGGGUAGAUGUAGGGAUGGAGCAACUCAAAGCUCUGAAUAUUGCCUUGAUAGGUUUCUGAGCUGGUCAACUGUUGCCAAACGCUUCCACACUCAUGACCUUGGGCCGGCUCACUCACAACGAAGGCUAGCUCUACCCUGCUGCCCAGGUGAGGUCAGCGCUCACUCUCCCAAGUGUUGCAGCUGGUGAGAGACAUGGCCAGUUCUACUUCUCUCAUGACCCCGGGGUUCAGCUCUCCAACUUACCAUAGGUGAUGAAGCAGAUGAAACAGAGGAGGAGGGCAUCUCACACAUGUCCUUGCCACCACACAGCAGAUAAGAGACAGAGUCACGCCCCCUGCGCUCAUGCACACCUGCAACCCCCAUGUCCAGGGACACCUUUACUGUGCUGCUCAGGUGAGGUGCAGAACUUGCUCUUGCAAAGGAUGCAGCAGUCAAGGGGCAGGGGCACCUCUCCUGCUCUCAUAGCCCCAGGGCCAGCUGUCCUUCCUGCUAUAGGUAGCAAGGGGAGUGAGGAGGGGGCACCUCUCCUUCACCCAUGCUGCCUCACAGCAGACACGUUGUGGGGCCAACUCUCCCACACUCAUACCCUCAGGGCAGGCUCACCUGAGCUGCCACCAUCAGAAUCAGUUCUACUGUGCCCUGAUCAAUGGUCUUAAUAUUUCUGCAUUUAAGGCAGGUUUCCAAAUGGAUCUGACAUGAUUGAGGUGAAUUCUAUAAUAAAAUUGAUUGAAGCAUUGAUGAUAGGGAAGUGAGAGCUUUUAAUCAUUCACUUUUUUUUUUAAACCCAGCUAUUGUGUAUUGAACACGAUUUAAAACAAUGAAGGCACAUAGGCAACUUAAAUACCACACGGAACUUAGGAUCUAGUGGAAGAGUCAGACUUCAGCGAGAUGAUUACAGCAGCAUGCACACAUUUAUAACUGUGAUAAGUACUCAGAGUGUAAUUGUGGCAUUUCAUGACAGCCAUAAGCAAUGGAGGUAUAAAGGAAAUAGUACAAUGUGUGAAGUCUUACAUGGGAUCGGUGUCUUAGGAGACUCAUUGGAAGUGUUGACUUUUCCUUUGCAUUGUCACAUUGUUAUGGGGUGGUAGAAAGGGACUAAAUUUCCAACUUGUAUGAGAGAUGAAAGCUCAGAAUAAGGGUGUGAAUUCUUCUGUAUAUACCAUUCAUUAGGCAAUAAUUAUGUAUCUUUAGGCUAACUUUACUAUAAAGAAGACUGUCUGUUCCUGUUGUGUGCUGCUUUCUAUAUUUAAUUCUCAGGAUAAAUACAAUGUGUAUAUGAAUUUAGGUGAAUUGGGGAUUCUGCUGCUUGGAACUGUGCCACAAGACACCUUUGCUAUGGAAGGUUUAAUGAAGCUCCCUUAGGUCUUCACAGAUAGGUACACACUGAGGCUGAAGCUAAUCAAAUCUAUCUUACCAUGAGUAAAACGUCUAUUUACAAAACUACUCUAUGAUUAGAGAGACUUUAAAUUCCGUUGCUUAGAUUGUGAAAGAUCACAAUUUAGUUAUAGGGACCAGGGUGAGCGACUUAGAGCAUAGCCAUUUCUGCUCAUGAAGAACUUUGUAGGAGUAGAGAUGCUGUGCGAAUGGAUUAUGGGAAGGGUGGAGUGAGAUUUUUGUCAGCAUUUGUCCAGCACUGUUCAGUGAAUUAAGAAAACCCACGAAAUGUAUUUUUGUAACUUAAUUCUUAGGUGUCUUAGGUCUUCCAGGACAUGAUAAAGUUAGGCAAGGACUUGUAGACCCAAGGUCAAUGCCUGAAGUGUGUUGGCCCAUGUCAGACUUGCUACUCUCUGAGGCCUUCCCUUGGCAGCUGGCAGCAGUAGUUUAAAUAUCCUUUGUGCUGGUACACACAGUAAUUUGUUUGUUUUAAUGCAUUUCAUAAACUUAAUGAUUUUGACACUAUGUUAAAAUACCUGAUUUUCCAAAUAUUUGAAUACAUAAUCUUGUAGAUUAGCAAGUGUGAAAUCUUUGAAAGAGAAAGGUCGUUUUGAGGGUAAUAUACACCUUGCUUUGUUUUUAAAUUAGAUAGUUAACAUUCCUGUGUUUUUAUUUAUUUUUUUAAUUUUGUUUUUAAAAUACCGUCUCAUUCUAUAGUUGAGGUCGUUCUUGCACUUGCUGUGUAAGCCAGGUAGCCUCACAUGUGGAGGCAUUCGACCUGCCUCGGCCUCCCAAGUGUCUAGAUUAUAAACGUGAACCUCCACAUCAAGCUCUAGUGGACACUUGGAUCCCACAGGAUCAGGACAAGAAUAAGUUGGAAAGGAAAACAUAUAUUGAAAAUAGGGCGGAACUUACCUUUUUCUUAUUUACUGAGGUGACUUAGAGAAUUCAUUACUCACUUUAAAUUUGAUUGCUCCUGUUUCCAUUUCUUUUUUUUUUUAUUGGAUACUUUUUAUUUACAUUUCAAAUGUUAUUUCCUUUCCUGGUUUCCUCAUCCAUAAGCCCCUAUUCCAUCUCCCUACCACUACUUCUAUAAGGGUGUUCCCCCUGCCCAUCCACUCCCCUUCUCGCCUCCCCUCCCCAACAUUCCUCUACACUGGGGGGGGGUCCAGCCUUGGCAGGACCAAGGGCUCUCCUCCCAUUGGUGCCCAAUAAGGCCAUCCUCUGCUACAUAUGCAGCUGGACCCAUGGGUCUAUCCAUGUGUAGUCUUUGGGUAGUGCUUUAGUCCCUGGGAGCUCUGGUUGGUUGGUAUUGUUGUUCUUAUGGGGUUGCAAACCCCUUCAGCUCCUUCAAUCCUUUCUCUAAUUCCUCUAAUGGGGACCCCAUUCUCAGUUCAAUGAUUUGCUGCUAGCAUUCACCUCUGUAUUUGUCAUGCUCUGGCUAAGCCUCUUAGGAGACAGCUAUAUCAGGCUCCUGUCAGCAUGCACUUCUUGACUUCAUCAAUGUUGUCUAGAUUUGGUGGCCGUGUGUAUUUGGGCUGGAUCCGCAGGUGGGGCAGGCUCUGAAUGGCCACUCCUUCAGUCUCUGCUCCAAACUUUGUCUCCAUAUCUCCUCCUAUGAAUAUUUUUGUUACCCCUUUUAAGAAGAACUGAAGCAUCCACACCUUGAUUGUCCAUCUUCUUGAGUUUCAUGUGGUCUGUGGAUUGAAUCUUGGGUAAUUCAAGCUUUUGGGCUCAUAUCCGCUUAUCAGUGAGUACAUACCACGUGUGUUUCUUUGUGAUUGGGUUACCUUACUCAGCUCAGUUUCCCUAAAAAGAUUCUCAACAGAAACUCCUUCUGUUGAUGGUGGCGCAAGCUCUGGGUCAUUCUGGGUGGUACACUGGCUCACGAAGAUCUAUGAUCCCUGACCGAGAGUUGAUAGGUUUCUCUUAACUUCAGUGACUCAUUAAAAUGUUCAGAAUUGGAGUGUUUGGACUGUCUUUAUGGUGUUGGGUAUCCUAGAUUUGAAAGCACCAAAUAUUUUGCUCUUUAGAUACUUGGGUCAUGUAUCCUGUAUUACUUAGAACCAUCGCAAUAUCUGGUCAUCUUGUCACAGUAGACUGGAAAGUAUUGAAGUUUGGAAGAAAUGUAUAGUCACCAUUUGUCGGAUAACAUAUUUAUUUUAAUAAUCACAUGUCCCCAUGUAAUUCAUAGAUUAAACAGUUCUUAGAGAUGUGAGCUGAUGCUUUGUUCUCUCCCGACAGCAUAUGAUUUAUCAUUUGGAGUGAGUACAGUUCUGAAGCUCGGCCUUUGCAUUUAUCUUCGUAAAGAGCUGGCUCGCACUAAAUCUGUGCUAUGGAAUCACCAAUACGUGCUGUUAGGCUUCGUAGUUACGCCUGUAAUCCUGGAAGCUGGUUAAUUGUGGUAUUUUUAUAAUUCCUAAUUCAUUUAAAAAAUCAUAGCUUUGGGAGAAAUGGAAAUACAUAUUUAUUUAUACAAUUUGAUCCUAAUAAUUAGAGCACAGCUAAUACUUCUUAUUAAAGCUGAAAGGAAACACAUUAUAUGUUCUAGCUUGGUUUCCAUUGCUGGGACAAAAUACCAUAGCCAAAAGUAACUUGGUAAGAACAGGUUUAUUUCAGCUUACAACUCUUAGUCUGUUGGGUAGGGAAGUCAGGGCAGGAAUUCAGGAAUUGAAGGCAGGAACUGAAGCAGAGAGCACAGAAGAACACUGCUUACUGGCGUGUCAUCCUGAUUUCCUAUAUAGAUCAGGUCCACAGUGGUUCUCAACCUUCCUAAUGCCUUUUUGUGUUCCUCAUGUUGUGGCCUCCAGCUAUAAAACUGUUUAUCUUGCUACUUCAUAACUGUAAUUUUGCUACUGUUAUGAAUCUUAAUACACUAUCUGUGAUUUUUGAUAGUCUUAGGUGACCCCUGUGAAAGGGGUCUGGAUGCACAGGUCAAUAAAUGUAAUCAGGCCUACAGUGGGCUGGAAUAUACCAUCCCCAUCAGUCAUUAAUCAAAUAAAUUCUGCCUAUGGGUUAACUGGUAGAGGUCCCUUUUCAAUUGAAGUUCACUCUUCCCAGAUGACACUUGUGUCAAGUUGACAAAGGAAAAGAAAAAAAAAAUUCUAACCAAGAGCUCAUAUGAAACAACAAGGAUUUGAGGCUAGACUACAGUAUUUCGACUGCUGGGUCAGAGACUGCCAAAAAUGGAGGCUAAUGGGAUAUUUUGGCUAAGGGGUUGACUCGAUUAAAAAGGCAGGGCUAUUGAUUACACAGGAGACAGCAUGGAUUGAUGCGAUGAAGAGAAAUGAAGUGACAAGCGUCAUCAGGGAGGGAGUUUUGAGUAGUUAGGAAUUACGUAACUAGUACUGAACAGUAAGAAUGGAAUCAUCGUCAGAGGUUUGAAGAAGAAUGUACCUACAUCCUCUCAGCCUGUGUUCUGGCUGCCCAUGGAUGUUAGUACUACGUCACUGCAUCUAAAUGGUUAAGGAAAAAAGCUAAACAAUCGAAGUGCAGUAUUUCAAGAGAUACAGAACACAUUAGGUUUAAUAUGUUUUAAAUCCCAUUCAUGUACACUUAGUUUAAUACGUAGCUCUUGACUCUUACAUUAGCAAUUAUAGAUUUCGUUUAUUAAUCUUUACUCUCGACCUUUCUGUGCUUCUCACGGUUUGUCAUCUCUCUUUUUUUUUUUCCUUUUCUUUUUUUUUUUUUUUUUAAUUUCAGGUAUUAAGUAAGUUGACAUGAGUUUCAGUAGUUAUCAUUCUUUUUAAGUUGUUGUCUUACUUGAUUCUAAAUGCUAUGAUUAUUUCACUGAGAAGUUAAUAACAGAACAGUUGUAAGUUUUCUGCAUGUGUUAUUAUUUAUAAUUUAGUUUAAAAAUAUAUCUUCCAUUUCAAUCUCUUGUGUUAAAAAGAAAUGCCCAUAUUUUUGGCCACUUACAGUCACACCCUGUCUUACAGAUUUGUUUUUCUUUUGCUGGGUGGGAGCCCACCCACUUUCAUCUGUUUUAGUCGGUGCUUUUAAAGCUGUGUCUUCAUAAAAGUUAGAGCUUUCAGUUUAAUCAGUGCUAAUUCUUGGUAUUUUUGAAACCAGAGUUUCAUACUUUAGAAAUCCCCUCAUUUUUUAUAUAAUACUGUCGCUUAUAAAUAAAGGGAAAACAAAUACAUGCAUAUGCUUCUUUUCAUUUUGGACCUGAAGAAAUUUUCCGUCCGGUGCAUGCAUGUUUGAACGCAUGAUAAAGGUGAUGGGGACAGAUGUUUUCAGUUUUUGGAUGUGGGAAGGUCAAUAGGUCUUUAAGGUACCAGUUGGGGAAAAAACUAACGAGCUAUGUAAACAAACAUGAUUUGUACCAUAGUUUUGCAUUCAUUUGUUUUCUAAGACCCUGGACAUUUUUCUGACUAGAAAGAUCUUGUAAUCUGCAUAGUUUUGUCUCAGACCCUAAUCCAUUGUCAACACAUGCGCUCAGAUGCCUGUCUGUUUUUCAUUAGUGAUUCACAGCUUUGUUGUCCAAUGCUUUCUUUAAUUGAACCAUGUUUCCUUUGUUCCUGGUCUGUAACCACAUGGAUUAAAGUGAUGUUAAGAAAAAGUCACCUGUGUUUGGAGGCUAAUGUUUCUUCUGAACCCUGAGUUCUUCAUCCGUCUGGGUGAUGAGUUGCACAGUGUUCUCCAUCCACUUUUUAUCUUUACAAGAGAAGGGUACUGUAAAACUGUCAAGAACCAUCCACAUGCCUAUGGACUAGUAGACAUGCUGAUAACUUUGGGCUACUUUGGCAGUAGCUUAUGGUACUCAAGGGACUGUAUUUUUACAGAAUGACGUAUUUCAAAGGAUAUUGUAGAGAAUUCAUGCAUUUAGAGCAAUUCAAUGCCAAAACAAUUGAGUUUGAGCUAUGUGUUUAAAAUAUUAGUCAUCUUGAAUACAUGCCUAGGUUAAGUGUCAGAAGCUAUAUUUUGUGCAAAGGGGAAAUUUAUUGCUAAGAAACCAGUGCAUACCUGUGCUUAUACAGCACUUUCCAUAGGAUUAAUUUGAGUGUGUGAACGAAUAUCAGCCAAAUUGUUGUACAGUAACAUUACUGAUAACAAAGGAGAAGUUCAUUGAGAGGAAAAACAAAUAAAA